CAACAACAAGUUUAGUUUGGUUCUGAAAGUUGUGAAAAAAUCGUGAUAAAUAAGAAAAAGUGGGCGUAUUCACGAAAAUGUUGAUGGUGCAAGAAAUGUUGGACGAAAUGCUGUUGGAGGAUUGGAUGGAAGAAGCAGCUGCUGACGAGCUGAACGCAUUAAGACGACGUAUACGGAAUCGGCAGCUCGCACUUGAUCUUCCUGAUAAACGGUUUACUGAACUAUUUCGGAUUACUAAGUCCAUGUUCGAGGAAAUCAUGAAUCUCGUGGAAUCCGAUAUCCCUGAACCUUUCCGAAGGUCUUCUUAUCCGAAAGCUACACAAGUACUAGUGGUUUUGCGUUUUCUUGCCAUCGGAGACUAUCAAAGACCAGUAGGAGAAGACCUUUUGCUCGGAGUUUGCCAAAGUGGAGUCAGUAAUAUACUCGAGAAACUUCUACCUAUUCUUGAGAGGCGCCUUGGGUCUAAGUACAUUAAGUGGCCGACAACACGUGAGGAGCGACAAAUCUCUAAAGAAGGAUUUUAUGAAAAAUACGGAAUACCAUCAACAAUAGGUGUAAUAGAUGGCACACAGAUUGGCAUAACCUCUCCAACUCAGGAGCAUCUAUACCUAAAUAGAAAAGGAUUUCACAGUAUCAAUGCUUCACUAAUAUGUGAUCAUGAACAGAAAUUUAUUUAUGUUGAUGCCCGGCACCCUGGAGCGACCCAUGAUGCAGCUAUUUGGGCUUUAUCUGAAGAACGAAAAUUUCUUUUCAACAUCAAUCGUACUCAACACGAAAGAUGUUGGAUCCUAGGUGACUCAGGUUAUCCGCUCGAACCAUGGUUGAUUACACCGUAUAGGAAUGCAAGAACGGAUGAGCAAAUAAGAUUUAACAACAAUUUCUCAAAAAUAAGAACGAUCAUUGAAAAUUCAAUUGGCGUUUUGAAGAACCGCUGGAGGGUACUUUUGACUUCUGAAAGAACACUUAGAUACAAACCCAUAAAGAUGGCACGCAUAAUCAAUUGCUGUGUAGCUCUUCAUAAUUUUUGUAAACUAGAAAACAUUCCAGACGUCGAAGGUGAUUUCGUGAUUAGUUAUGACGAGGAAGAUGAUAUUUUUCAAGAAUAUGGUCAAUCGGCCCUCCGAGAAGAAGGAGAAUACAACAGGGAACUCCUAAAAAGAUACAUAAUGUAA